GGAAGGCAUAGGAGCCGAGGCAGAGAAUGCUUAACUGGCUAGCUGAGCUAUCAGUUUCUUUUUGAAAAGAAAAUAAGGAGAAUACCGGUCAGUUUUGUGCCACUUACUUAUAACUACAAUACAAUAACAGGUGUGUUUCAGAUAGACAGUAUCAACUAGACCUUGGAGCAAGAUCGCUAGGUAAAUGUGUCGGCGGGUUACAGACGCAAAUACAGACAGCGCACUUGAAAAAUUGUACUUCCGCGUACAAUGUUCUUUUACAUAGACAAGCGUCAACUUUCGACCAGGAAACCCCAUUAGACGUGUCAAUUCACUUAGCGGACUCAUUUAUUCAAAGUUUGGGCUGUCUGAGGCCCAGAGCUCUAAGCCCACCAUGAGCAUCAUCGGAGCAGAGGACGAGUUCUUCGAGAACGACCUGGGUCCCACGGUGGACGACGAUUGCGUCUAUUUUAACAGCAUCGAGCUGCUGAAGAACAGGCCCACUCCCCUGCUGGUCUUCCUGCAACACGUGCUGCUGCAGUUUGACACUGCUCCUCUGUUGUGCUACCUCCACGCUGACGUUUUUAAGUCCCUCAGUGCCAAAGAGACCAAGAAGCAGUUUGGGGAUUUUUACAACACAUUCCUGGACAAGGGAGCAAUACUCAGAGUGCCCGUCCCCUCCCAUGUGUCAAGUGAAUUCGAACGCACACGUCUGGAUGGCAUCACUGAGGACCAGCAGAAGCGGUUCUCUGUGGACAUCCAGGCCCAGCUGGUACCUGACAUCAUGCGGCAGCUGGACGACUUCAAGCAGAAGAGGAUGAUGGGAAUGAUUCUGAACGAGGCGGAGCUGCUGGAGGUGGAGUCCCACCACCCCACCGAGAGGAUCCCCACGGAGAUGAAGGACAAGGCCGUGGCCGAGUCCCUGCUGGAGAAGUGGUCCGACUUCCCGCCCGGCUUUGACGAGGACAAAUAUACCGCCAUCUUUACAGCCCUGGUUUCCUACAUGAAGCACUUGGGCGUGAAAUACAGGACCCACGAUGGCAAGAAGUCCAGGGGUUUCUUCAAGAUAAAGAAUCCCCUGAUGAGGAGGUUUGAAGACUCUGCCAGGCAGAGGUUCCACAACAUUCCCUGGAUCGGGGGCAGCAAUGAAAUCAAACCGUCUAAACCGGAGAACGAAGGUGAAAAAGAGAAGAUGACCCCUCCUCCCCGCACUGCGGCCGCUGAAACCAGCCCCCUGCCCUUUUCACACAAGAAACAAGCGUCCAUUGUGGCUCCAGGGGGUCACCAGGGGUCAGAGGGCAGUGAGGGUUCAGGGGUCAGCGUCAGCGGAACCCCCAGCCAAGAUGCCUCCCAAUCUGAUUUUGGGCUGCACACUCGUUCUGAUUCCCUGGUGUUGGACGUGGGGGACGUGUCGCCGGCGUUCCAAGGGGGGUUGCCCAUCCCGGAGUCCCCCAAAACUAUCGAACCCGCCCAAGAGGACAGCCUGGAUGGAGACAGACGCAAGCCAAGGACGUCGUCGUCGGUCCGGCGCAGCGAGAGUCUGCACAGCGAGAGGCGCCGCUCAAAGCGUGGCUCCGCGCGGGAGAAACAGCCGCGCUCCCGCAGCGACGUGGACCUGCAGGCGGCGUCCGCCAUGCACACCCUCUCACCCUCUCCCCACCGCACGCCCCUCUCUGACAGUGGGUCCGGCCCCGCCGAGGGCUCCUCUGGCCCCCCCUCGCAGGUCUCCUCCCCCCAGGAGGAGCUGGAGCCCCGCCUCCUGGAGCUGGAGCAGGACCCCCCCAACUGGAGGGAGCAGGCCCCUAGCGUCGCCCUCAAGAGCCUCAGCAAGAAGGAGACCAAGAGGCAGGAAGUCAUCAACGAACUGUUUGCCACUGAGCACGCCCACGUGCGCAUGCUGAGCGUCCUACAGACCAUCUUCUUCCGACCUCUGGAGCGCAGGGAGAUCAUGACCCUCCCUGAGCUGGCUGCCAUCUUUCCAAACCUGGACGAGAUCAUCGAGAUGCACUAUAACUUCUAUGAUAACUUGAAGAAACUGCGCCAGGAGGACAACUUCAUCGUCACGUCCAUAGGAUCCACGCUCCUGAACAGAUUCAGCGGGGCAGAAGGGGAUUGGUUUCAAAAGCUGACCGCUCGGUUCUGCAGCCACCAGUCCUACGCCCUGGACCAAAUCAAAGGGAGGCAGAAGAAGGACCCUCUGUUUAACACCUUCAUACAGGAGGCCGAGAGCAAGCCGCAGUGCAGACGGCUUCAGCUGAAGGACAUCAUCCCCACGGAGAUGCAGAGACUCACCAAGUACCCUCUGCUGCUGGAGAACAUCGCCAAGAGCACAGAGGACGAAACGGAGAAGGAGAGUGUUUCGCAGGCGGCCGACUGCUGCCGCAAGAUCCUCAACCACGUCAACGAGAACGUGAAGGACAUGGAGAACCUUCUGACCCUGAAGGACUACCAGCGCAGGCUAGACACGUCUGGACUCAAGCCCAGUAAUGACAUGUAUGCCGAGUACAAGAACAUUGACCUGACUCAGAGGAAGAUGAUCUAUGAAGGCCCGCUCACGUGGAGACUCACAAAGGAGAAGGCCAUAGACGUGCAGGGUGUGUUGCUGGGGGACAUGCUGGUGCUGCUGCAGAAGCAGGAUGAUAAGAUGGUGCUGAAGUGUCAGAGUAAGAGCAGUGCCAUCGUGCAGGAGGGCAAGCAGAUGCUCAGUCCCAUUAUCAAGCUGGGCGGCGUGAUCGUCAGGGACGUGGCCACCGACCGGAAGGCCUUCUAUGCGAUCUUCUCCUGGGAGAGCGGAGCGCAGAUCUACGAGCUGGCCACGCACUCCCCCGGCGAGAUGAAGACGUGGAAGGAUCUGAUAUCGUCGACGGCGCAGGAGCUGAAGAGGAACGAGGGCAUGCUGCACAGGAGGAGGAUGGGCAGCCUGCUCCCUCCUGGGUCUCAUACCCCUGGGACCAGCCCUUUGCCGUCCCCACACCCUGGUUCUGAGAAUGGAUCGUUGUCACUGAAACCCAGCUCUGACAGGGAUAAGGACAGUCCGUCGGAGGGGAAGGGAGGGGACGCCUCCCAGGCCCUGAUGGAUCAUCUGUUGGGCGAAGGCUUCGACCUCAUCGCUCACAGCAACGCCCCACAGGAGAAGGUCGCUGACGAGGCUUUGAAAGAAGUUGAUUCCCUGAGACUGUUGCUGAGCUCAGGCCUGCCAGAGGACCCAGACGCCCCGAAAUCAGGGAAUAAUGAAGAUGGGGGACAGGCGGAUGGGGUGGCCGGCUCCUCUCCGAUGACUUCUGAGGAGGCAAUGAGGAAAAUUGACAGUCUAGAGGAACACGUGAAACACCUACAGAAUGUGGAAGAUGACUAUCACAGGUUGCAGGAGAUCCUCUCAAAGUACAUCCUGUCUGAGGGCAACUUCCAGUGAAGCACACUGCCUCUCCUGGACAACCAGAUCACUGUACAUGCUGGACCAGAGUGGAAGACUUGUAUUCAGGGCGAUUGAUUAGUGCUGCCCGGAGUUUCUUGUACAUGCUUCUCUGCUCAAGAGAUUUUGCUAGCCCCUUCUGACGAUUGACAGUGGGUCACAGCCAAUUAUGUAGCUGGGGACACCGGGAGGCGGGCUCUGAUAGUGUAGUACCGCAUCCUCAUUGGACAGGGAGAGUGAGCGUGUGUGUAUGCAUGCAAGUGUGCGUGUGUGUACUUUUCUGUCUCAUGGGUUACUUUUGUGUGUGUGAGACUGAGAGAGGCUAAUCAUUGGCUAAUCAUUUUCAAACCGCUGAUGGGUUAGCACAGUGCUACCCACACACAUAAUUUUCAAGGUAUGUCAGAAAAACAGUCAUUCCAGUUGAAAGGGAACCUUCACUGGGAGGGCAUUAAUAUAAUAUCCCCCUAUCAGUUAGCAUUCAACAUGUACACCAGGGAAGCCUGCAGCCCCUAAAACUUGUUCAUAAAUGCUAGGAAUAUUACUCCCCCUUUUUGUUCAUAUGUGUGCCCUGAGUGCAUUUUAAUGCCUGUGUGUGUGUGUGUGUGUGUGUGUGUGUGUGUGUGUGUGUGUGUGUGUGUGUGUGUGUGUGUGUGUGUGUGUGUGAGAGAGAUAGAGAGAGCGAGAGAUAGAGAGAGAAUGUGUUUGUGUGGGUGUGUGUUUGCAUGCAUUAUAGGAACAUGGCAGAGACUUGGACAUAGAGGAUAGUGGGAUGUAGGAAAAGAAUGAUAAAGAGUGGUUGAGAGGAACAGGGAAGGUAAAACUAGUUGGGGCUUGAUGGCCUUGCGUGGGCUCUCUGCUUCUCAGCACUGAAGGGUGCUAAAGGGCCACAAAAUGGUACUAAACCAGGCAGACGUUUACACAAUGACCAGCACUCACCCACAACUGACACAACUGGAGAGCAAGACUUUCUGACCUCAAAAAAACAAAAGCCAAAGAACAGCCAGGCCUGCCAGGGGCCUAAACACACUCGGUUCCAACCAAUAGUAGUCCCCUGCUGUGGUGGUUAAACCCUUUUGAUUGGGUAAUGAGUUGGCAGUUUACACCGCCUAACCAUUAAGGAAUGGAGUUGCUUCACUGUUGCGUCAUGUGACGAUUAGCUUGUGGCUGAUCGGGGAUCAGUAGGGGCGUUGCACGGCUGUCCGCCAUUUUGUGGGUGAACCAGUUUUUUUGGUUGUGUGCCAACACUCACUUCAGUCUCCCUCACAGCUGUCAUUAAUAGAAGUGUAAACAUUUUGGGGAACAUUUCUUUUUUGUGUCAAUAGAUAGUUAGAUAGCCUUGUUGUUCCUGUUGUUUUUUUUUGUUUCGUUUUGUUUUUCCCAGUCUUUCAAAAAUAACUGACUGUAGCAAAUAUUACAUCAUACUGUUACUUGUUUUGAUUCAUUUAAGUCAAACCUGAACAGCACCAAAGAGACAGAUGUACAUUUAUAUGAAUGUGUAAUAUUUAAUGCCAAUGCAAAAAAAAGAAAAAAAAUCUAAAACAAUCCAGAUAUGCUGAAUUAUGAGACAUCCGUGUCAUCCUUCUACCUAGUUGCAUGUGGCACUGAAUUGCCCCAGACAAGAAAGAAAGGACUGUAUAUAUGAUAUAUAUUAUUUAUAUAUAUCAUAAAUAAGCCCUCGGCUCUGCAUGGGCUGCUGUGAGCAUAUUUAAGAUAAGAAAAUGACUCUGUCCGCAUGGCAGGAGAGCAAUAAAACAGGACACAAAAGGUUCUUUCUGGAGCAGGGAUGAGGGCUCCAGCUGAUGCCGUGUGGCAUCUGAAACAUGCUGGUAUAUUAGACCGCGCUCUGUGGACCGUGACGGACCGGCGUGCGCAGAACCUCACGGCCCUGCCCCGACCGUGUCGCCGCGUGACCGUCGCCUCGAGAGACGCCAGGGAGACCGUGCACGUUACCUCUCGCCGACUCGCCUGUGUUCGGGCGGAAAUCGUAUCCAGUGCACGGGUGUUAUUUCGGAGCGUUGUCAUUUUAUUUUAUUUUUUUAUUUUUUUCACGCCGAUUGUUACAACUGCUUUUCUUAUGCUGCCCCUGCGUAACACAGUAAAGGCUUUUUGAAAACUUUGGACAGCAUUUGCGUUACUGCUGUUGGGUUCCUAAUAGGUGUUCAGUUUCGCGGAGGCCUGCGCGCAUCCAAACGUUCUUGGGAUGAAGAAAAUAAUGUGAAAGAAGUGAAGAACCUCUGCAAUUUGCUGUUGUGCUCCCAAAUGGUUUAUUUGGGUUUGUUCCGUUUGUGAACGGAAACGACAACCAUUUUGCGCAAGCGUAAGGAUAAUGCCAACAUACUGGUCUUCUCCUUUUGCGCUCAAAGGAUUUUAGCGUGUCCUUUUCUGCACCCUGUUCCUUUUUUCCUUUAUAUUUCUACUUCUGCAUUUCAUUUCGUAGUCCUGCGAUGCGGCUGAAAUUAGGUUUAUUUUGAGGAAAACGUUUCUCCAUCUUCACUACAGCUCUAGCCAACAGACAAGAAAGAAGGAGAUCUUGGGGAAAAGACGAGUUGCAGUCUGACUCAUCACCCAUUCCUGUUUUCUUCCUUCUUGCACAAUAUGCGAGUGCUUUGUGGUGAUCCAUUUUUCUUCUGGUUGCUUCCGUAAGGGGGGUGGUGGGGGGGGGGGGGGGGUGUUUCUCGUCAUUACUAUGCAUUAGCAGUUAUACGGCAGGGGUAGUGGAGGUCUACCCAGACUCCCAUUGCACAGUGUACUGUGCCUUUUCUGUUCAAACACACAGACAAGAUUGACUGUAUAACACUGCACAGCGACCAGAAAACUGCUUUAAUGUUUUCAUUUGUUAAUAACUCCAGAACGGCUUGUGUCAGUCUGCACUGACAGCUCUGUUAUGCUAGAUCUGGGGUCCAUCUUCUUUCCUCACAGACAAUAUACUGACAGAUUUGACUGCCGUCUGUAAAUUCAGACAGCUGCCUGUUCUAUUCGGACUGCUCUGACCGUUCCAAUUAUUUAGAAUACUCUGAUUAUUCAAAGUACUUUAUUCUGACAACUGACUAUUCUGAAGGUAUUUUUUGUUUACUUUAUGACUGUUCCAAAUACAGUGACUACUGUCAUUUGUAGAGCAGUGGGUGAUUUCUGUGCCUGUGUUUGGAAGACUGACAGUGCAUAGGAGUGCAUAGUGCGUAGGACCUUAGAGGAAAGCUUUGCUUUCAUGUACACAUGCUUUGGAGUCUGUCUAUAUAUUAUGACGUAUACAGUAUGUUUGAGAACUUAUAUAGGUUGGGGUGCCUUAUCAGAUGAUUACCUACUGUUCAAAGGGCUUCAUAGAGAACACUGGUACAAUACAUUUGGCUGGUUCAAUCCAGAUUGUGUUAUUAAGUUAUUAAGUUAAAAGCAGGGCUUAAAGACUGUUAUGUUGUAAACUAACCCUUUUUAUAGAAAAACACAUUGCUUCAAGUGGAAGGUAUGCAAGGCAUUAUUGCUAUUUAUGCUGAAUGUAGCGCCCUCUGGUGUUGCAGGAAUGCAGCUGCAUCACAUUCUUAAACGGAAAGUCCUUAGAGUAUGUCUGAUCCUGUGUAAGGUACCCCAGCUUGUAUCUGCCAACAUAAAUGUGCAAGAAUUAUUAUUUGUAUUUGGGCUUAAAUGUAAGGGUUUUGAUUGUAUGUAUUAAGAGUUGAGGUACUUUUUUUUCUUUUUCUUUUUUGUUUUUAAAAGGCCUGUUUUUAAAAUAAAUAUUUCAAAAUGGC